CUUUUUGAUCUGCUACGAAGCAAACAACCAUCCAGUUUGGAAAAAAUUAUUCCUAUAAACGGAGAUUUAGCCGCGGAAAAUUUAGGAUUGUUACCCUCCGACCGAGAAAUGUUGAUCGAUAGAGUGUCUGUAAUAUUCCACUGUGCAGCUACUGUCAGAUUUGACGAAGAUUUGAAAGACGCGAUUUUCAGUAACACUAGGUCAACGCAAGAUAUUUGUAUUUUAGCUGAGAAUAUGAAACAACUAGUUGUUCUAAUUCACGUUAGUACGACUUAUGGCCAAUGCGAUAAACCUGUAGUGAAGGAGAUGUUAUAUCCCACGGAGUUCGAUUGGAAGAAAGCAAUAAAAAUCGCCGAGUCCGUCGACGAUUAUCUUCUCAAAAUAUUAACAGCGAAAUACAUGAAAAAUAUACCAAACACUUAUAUCUUAAGUAAGAUAUUGGCCGAGCAAGUGAUAAGCGAUUAUUCGAAAUCAUUACCUUGCGUGAUCAUAAGACCCUCAAUCGUAAUAUCAACAAUGGAGGAUCCUUUUAAGGGUUGGAUAGACAACUUUAACGGGCCGGUUGGAUUGCUAAUUGGUGGCAGUAAGGGUUUAGUACGUACAUUCUAUGCUGAUUCUUCUAUAAUUUCAGAUUAUAUGCCAGUGGACUUAGUCAUUAAAGCUAUGAUAAUCGCAGCUUGGAAACGUGGAAUCCAACCCAAGAAUAAUAUAGUUGAUGUUUAUCAUUGCUCGUCAAAUGGCAUAAAGAGCUUAUCUCUCAGAACUAUCACAAACGUUGGCCUUGAAAUAACGAAGGACAUCCCGUUUGAAAAUGUAAUUUGGAAAUCACAAACGAUAAUAACAAACAGCAAUUUUAUUUAUUAUAUAUUGUUGUUGCUACUGCACGUUAUCCCAGCAAUAAUCUUAGAUGGGAUUUUGAAAUUGAUCGGUGCACGCCCAAUGUAAGAUUUAUUUAAAUAUGGAAAGAUUUUUC